AUGAGCGGUUCCCCUGAAGUCGAUACCCCUAAAGUCAAUAACCAAUACGAAGAAUCAGCACCAAAUUAUCAAUUUUUGAAUGCCGAUAAGUGGAGAACUGGUAAUAAACCACUCCGUCUCAGAAAGAAUCCAUUGGAAGUUUCACCAUGUUUAAAGGGAGAAUGUACAAGCGCUAACCAACUCAUUGAAUUCAAGACUUGGGUUGCCAGAGAAUGGACUGUCUACACUGCUGAAGUUGAACUUUUGCGAAAGGAUGUCGAAGAUUGUUGGUAUAAACACGGUGUUGAUGUCAUCAGACAAUGCAAAGACAAGGUCCAAAAGUAUACACACGCUGUUGAUGAAAAGACCAUCAGAGAAGUCAGAGCUAAAUUGAUGAGAGGAGAAAGAGCUGUCGAAUAAGCAAACACACAAUUUAAAAACUUAAAAUUAUUUAUGUAAAAACAUCCAUAUAGUCACUGUGGGAUUGAUCCAAUAAAACUCGGAGUGAAAAAUCACUAAAUCUAA